CGAGCCGAGAGGAGAGGAGACGGAGAUUGCAACGAAGCCAGGAGAGAGCGGUUCGAGGAUGCCGGAACUCCCGGAGGUGGAGGCGGCGCGGCGGGCGAUCGAGGAGCACUGCACCGGGAAAAAGAUCGCCGCCUGUUCAGUCGCAGACGACCUCAAGGUCAUCGAGGGCGUCUCCCGCUCCGACCUCGAGGCGGCCCUCUUCGGCAAGACCAUCCUCGCCACCCUCCGCAAGGGCAAGAAUCUCUGGCUCCGCCUUGAUUCUCCGCCCUUCCCCACCUUCCAGUUCGGAAUGGCGGGUGCCGUUUACAUCAAGGGCGUCGCAGUAACGAAGUACAAGAGGUCUGCGGUGAGCGAUACCGAUGAAUGGCCUUCAAAGCACUCGAAGGUCUUCAUUGAACUAGAUGAUGGGCUGGAGUUUUCUUUUACUGAUAAGAGACAUUUUGCCCGAGUUCGGUUGCUUGAAGAUCCAGAAUCUGUACCUCCAAUUUCUGAGCUAGGGCCAGAUGCUCUGUUAGAGCUUAUGCCAGUUGGUGACUUUGUGGAGUCACUUAGCAAAAAGAAGACUGCAAUAAAGGCUCUUUUACUGGAUCAGAGCUAUAUUUCAGGUAUUGGUAACUGGAUCGCUGAUGAGGUGCUUUACCAGGCAAAGAUUCAUCCUCUUCAAAUUGCUUCAAGCUUGUCAAAAGAGUGCUGCGAGUCACUGCACAGAUGCAUCAGAGAGGUUAUUGAAUAUGCUGUUGAAGUUGAUGCUGACUCCAAUCCUCAUUGUAGUCAGUACCCUCAAGAUUGGAUUUUUUAUUGUCGUGAAAAGAAACCCAGGAAAGCCUUUAUGGAUGGUUUGGUUCCCAACCAUUGGCCAACUAUCAUAAAUGAAUGCAUUUGCUUCAACUUCAAAGAUUGGUUUGAUAAAACAUCAAAAUUUAUUUCAAAUUAUUAAUUUUUAUGCUCGUCUAACUUAUUCUAAUUAGCAGUCAUCCAAAAUUUGAUUCUUGAUUUGGAAGACAUUGUACCUCUUAUUGAAUUCAUGCUCAUUAAAUCAAACUUAAAGGACGUAGGAGCUCCAAUUCUAUAAUUUUACACUAAACUAACUGUUAGUUAUAGAUGAUAUCCAUGACAAUAAAGCAGUCCCUCUUCAGCCUUACUUGGUUGGAUUGUUUUGUUAAGGAUUAGGGAUGGUAUUAUAGUUUCAAAUUCUGAAAAAAAUGGUAAUCAGUUGAUGGUGGAGUACUCUUUUAGCAUCUUACUAAACUUUUUAAAAAUGUUGUAAAGUUUUGUUUGCCUGUUGGCCCAAAAUAACAAUAUCAUGGGUGUUGCUAUAUAUUUUUUUUAAUUAGAAUAUUGUUAUUGAAAUGAACUGAAUGAUGCAAUGUAUCAUGGUACUCAUAAAAAUCACCUCCUACAUCUUUCAAAUGAGAACAACUCUUUCCCAACUCCAUGGAUUUUACAUAUAUCAUUGCUGUAUUAAUGUGAAUAGUGGAAUGAGACUCCAGGAGAUGUACAUACGUGUUGGUUGCUCCAGACCUUCUUCAAGGACAAGAACUUGUGGAUCCAUCUUUGGUUUGUCAUAGAAAUUAACAAGGUCGUACAUGAAUAUGGUGAGAUGGGGAACGAAAAGGCAUGCUUACCAAAAGAAAUUGUUACGAAUAAGGAUUGCCAUAGCAGUUGCAACUUGGCAUAGCUUAGCAUGCAUUUUUUCAACUUUAAUAUUCCUGAUCAACUAAUUUUGAAACAACUGGACAGUCAUCAUUUAGUAUAUGCAUGGUGGAGAUGCAGAUGUCACAAAACAAUGAAAGGCCCUAUUUUUGGGUAAUAGGAGCAUGAAGGGUUUCUCAUAACAAAAGGAAGUUCUAAAAUUUGCUAAUGCCAGAGCAAUACUGUAAGAUACGGAAGUGAUUACUAAUAACAGAUAUGAUCUUCUGGAAACAGUUCUUCAUAGCAUGUUUGCUUGAGGUCCAGUAUAUGAUGGGAUUGCUUUAGACACUAAAAUCAUUUAUUUCAGCUAUAAUUUUCCAAUGCAGCAAAAUGAAAAGCAACAUCUUUUAAGCUCUCACAAUUGUUGCAUUUACAAUCCAGUGAUAGCAGAAUGGCUAUCCUCAAGUUUCAUAGAAAUCACUAAAGGAAAUGAUCAAAUGAAUAUGUUUUGAGUCACUCUGUGCUGUCUAAAAGUAGUAAUGUCUGGAGCUUCAAGAUUGUGUGUUUAGAUUAUAAAGGAAAAUUAUAUUCUUGGUGGACCAACACUAUGGCAUGGCCACUGGUAAGUCAUGCCUGCCGAUGAAAAUCAGUUGACACCUUUAGCAUUCGGUAAAACAGGCUGCAGCUGAAGUUACUUCCUUUAUCUGCAUUCAGAUCUAUUUCCCCUUAUAAUUCACCAUUUCAUUGUUUUUAGUUGAAUAUUGCAUACUUUAUCAGAAGGUGGUGCUUUAAUAUUUCAUUUGGAAACCAAGGAAUAAGAAACUUAUUCCCAGAUGUGAUGAUACUCAUAAAUGCCUCAACACAAUUAUAUUUAUUAUUAGCACCUUUGCGUUCUUCAAGCUCUAAACAGCAAGCAGUGUCGGUUGCCAAAAUCUUGGCAAUAUAAUACUUCCAGGCAAAAUGACUGUGUGUGUGUGGUUUGAAUAGGAACAAAUAGAACAUGUAUAAUGAUAGAUAAUCCAUGACAUCUAAGAUAGAUGUGCUGCAUGAGUUGGAAAGUGACAUUCUUUAUUGCCUGAUCACUGGCCACAAAUCAUUUGGAAAAUAAUAUUUCCUGACCUAUUGUUAUGUACAUGUAUGAAUGUGUGCAAAUAUGGAAGUAUGCAAAACUACAUAUCAAAACUUAUUAUUAAGGACAAUUGCGGUCUUCUUUUU